AUAACUUCUUGAAAACAAAUGCCUACUGAGUUAUCACCGCCACGCUUCCUCCCCAUUUGCCGUACGUGCGAUCGCAGUAAACAACUCGAAACGAAAAAAUGUACUUUUUGAAGUUUUCGCAGCGUUCUUUCGUUUGUCGUGCGCCGCUUGUCACUCAACAUAAUUAAAUAUAUUGUAAAAACAAAGCGUAACAAAAAACCGCAACAACAACAAAAACAUACAUAGCUAUGUCGCAGAAAAUGCAGAAUCUGCAUUACUCAUUGCUCAAUUAGAAUAAUUCAUUUGCUGACGCUUGUCUAACUCGCCGAAGGUGCGCGUGUUAAAAGUUAAAAAGAAAGAACGUCAACAGAAACAUAAAAAUAAAAUACGAUUUCAAAGAGAACAUACAAAAAGAAAUUGCCUGAAAAGUUGGUCUAAAACUAAAGAAUUAUUUUAAUAAAUAUAAUUGCAAUUUAUUGUCACAGCUGCUGCACAACACGAGAAAAAACGCGAAUGCAAUCGUUUGCCGGUGCGGGACGUCAGUGGGCGUGAGUUUUCUUCUGAUGUGUUCUGCGCUAGAAAGUGUUAAAAGCCCUAGAAACUCCGGCUAGUCUUCAGCCUCUGCAGCUGCGAAGAAGCUUUAAAAGUAUGUUUCAAAUACAAAACCCGAAUUAGUAGUCGAACGCGCACCGUGCCCGAUCAGUCCCAUUCUUAAAGUGUCCUUAAUUAGUGAUCUUGGAGUUAACUCCCUUGUGAUUUAUGUGAUAUAUUUGCAAAAGCAACAAAAUACAAAAGCCAAAACUUCAUUACAAAACAUGCUGCGUUUUGAACGAUUUGACUUUUUACCGUUACGUAGAGUAAUUGCCAUACUGCUUUUACUUGUCUGCGCAACACAAAAGAUCUGCGCUGAUAAUAGUCUGGCCGUCAACCGAUCAGUUCCCGCCUGUAAAUUACCGCCGAUGCCAUUGCUCUGCGACAAUAAGCUGCACCGUUAUGCCUACAAUGCCGCCACCGGAAAUUGUGUGAGCCUCUAUACCAGCAGCUGUGCUACAAAUACAAUGACGAAAUAUUUUCUCACCUUCGAGGAAUGUCGACGCGAUAAUAUGCCAAUACUGCGCUAUUAAAAAUGAUGGCGCAUACCAAAAGUCCAUUUUAAAUAUCUGUGAAUUAAUAAAGCAAUCAUUCCGAUUUGAAAAAA